AGCUGCACGUGGCGACCUCACAGCGCUAACUGCUUGCUGAGCAAACGUGUGCGUAUGUGUUUGUGCGUGUGAGAGGUCAUGUCGAGCAUGACGAGUGGUGUGUGUGUGGAGAGUGACCUCUCCUCGAUGCUCCAGAGAAGCUCCGCCCCCUCUCACCACCACCCUAAUCACCAUGGUUAUGGGGGACAGGGACAGGUAGCGGGUCUGGCGCCGAUGCUCGACUACACCACUGAGAUGGACCGGUACCGUUCGUCCAUCGCCAGCUUCUACAAGACCAACGUCAACAUGAACAUGAACGUUACAAACUUCCCACAGUCAGCCAAACUGGCGGCCCGCUUGGCAGCCGCCACUCCCAUCUUCCCUCCUGCCGCUGCCAGGCUGGGCGCCAUGGCGACGGCACCCUGGGGUUGCCACGAGAACAUGAACAUGAACCACCCAGCAGCCAUGUUUUGGGGCCGGCCCAAACCCGUUGCAACGGCGCCGACGCAUCAUCACCACCACCAUCCCUCAGCGACGCCGGGGCACAUGACCUCCUCCUCACACCCCCACAGCAGCAGCAGCGUGCAUCAGAGUGGUGGUGGGUCCGGAGGGGGAGGAGGUGGUGGGGACAGCGAGGGGGGAGGAGCUGAAAAACAUGGACACACUGCAUCACUUCCUGUUACGCAAGGAACUGCACCCCAUCACCCCAUGGCGCCCAGCAACGGGAACUUCCUCCCAGGUUACAGUGGCGGUGCGGAAUGUGGCGUCAUGAACAAGCAGGGACACGCCCACGCAGACAUGAUGGGCCUAUCAGAGGGAGGCAGCUGUAAUGGGGGAGGGGUGAUGGGUGGUGGCUUCCUGGGGGGGCUUGGAUUACCCCCUGGGGUCAUCGUCAUGGCGAUGGGGUCCACAGGAGGCGGAAUCUCAGACGCUAGCAGCGCCUUUCAGAUGACAGGCGGCCAGAGGGCACUAACGGACUGCCAGCAGCACGCUAACUCCUCCCCCUGCCCCUCCUCUUCCUCACCUUCGUCGUCUGGGGUAACAACGGGCGGUGUCUCCCUGUCAUCAUCCUCAUCUUCAUCGUCGGGGGCGGUGGCGAAGAGGAAGAGGAAGCGGUGCGGCGUGUGCGGGCCGUGCAGGCGGCUGAUCAACUGCGGCGUCUGCUCGUCCUGCCGCAACAGGAAGACGGGUCACCAGAUCUGCAAGUUCAGGAAGUGUGAGGAGCUGAAGAAGAAGCCGGGGGGAGGAGGGGGGGUGCUGGAGCGGCCGCCCUCCGUCCCAACUGGUGAGGCCUUUCGAUGGUUCUUCUAG